AUGAAUUGUAAAGAAAACGAUCUUCAAUGUAUGGAAUGGAUUAAUGAAUAUAUUGAAAGUUAUAAAAUUACUGAUAAUUUUAAUCGUGUUGCAAGAAAAUUAAUUCCUAUACGGGCCAAUAAAACAUCAGUUUUAUAUGAACUUAAAGUAGAGAAAGAGCAUGUUAAUGGAAAAAAUACAAUUCAUGGGGGGCAGAUAGCUUCUUUAGUAGAUAUUGUUACAGCAUCAGUUGUCUCAUUAACUAUAAGAGAUAUUCCUAUGGUUUCUGUUGAGAUAGCUACAAGUUAUCUUUUACCAGCUCAAAUUGGUGAAGAUAUAACUAUUGAAGGGAAUGUUUUAAAAAUUGGAAGAAAUAUGGCUUUUGCUGAGGCUGAAUUUAGAAGAAAAAAAGAUGGAGCUUUAAUAGCAAAAGGAAAACAUACACUAUGUUUAUUAAAUCACUUAAAAAAGAAUGAUGGAAAAGUUAUCUCUCAAUAA